UCAUUUUCCUUUCCUUAAACAUCAACAUGACAAUAAAAUUUUCAAAAUCAACCUAACAAAAAAAAAUAAUUUAAACUUUAUUUUAAAAUUUUGAGUAAAAUGCCGAAUACUAGACGUAGAAAAUUUUCAGUGAAGCAAAACAUCAAACCAAACGAAGUCACACAAUCACAAAAUGCCGUUCAAGUGAAUAUGUUAUUGCAUGAUUCAUAUAACACAAGCUUAGUUACAACUGGAGAUCAAACUGUUCAAAAUACAUCAAAUAGUGAAGAAAACCAAAUAGAAUCAAACGUAGUUUCAUUAGUGAAUAAAAGUGCUGUACUUUUAGUUGAUAAAGAUGUAUUAGUUAGUCUAAGCAAGGAGGAAAUAAAUAACGAUUCUCAUAACAAAAAUUCCCGCUGUGAUAAAUCAAUAAGUAUAUGUAUAACAGAUACAACAAAAGUACCUGAAUCUAGUAAACAAAGAAAUAUAACUAGAAGAGAAAGAUAUGCAAGGCAGCAUAAAAUUAAAAUAAGAAAUCCAAGGCGUAGAAUAGCUACCCAUGACAAAAUAUCUCUAAGUCACUCUGAAGGAACUAACACAGAUAUUUCUAGGUCAACAUUUGAUAAACCAAAUGAAGAAACAGUCUCAGAUGGAUUCACUAAUAUAGAAAGAGGAAGUGAUAAUUCUAUCGAGGAUAUGUGUCGUAUUUGUCACGGAGGUGAUACAUUCUGUCAAGAGCUUGGAGAUUUGAUAUCAGCUUGUUCUUGCCGGGGAACUGUUGGCAGAGUCCACGUAAGAUGCUUGGAACGUUGGUUAACGGAAUCUGGAAAGUCUAGAUGUGAACUAUGCGGGAUCCGAUAUGUAACACGACGAGUUCAUCGUUACGGUAUACCAAGAUCUCUUGUUAUGUGGAUUUUAAGUCAAAAUGCUAAACAGUUAAUGGUGGAUACCCUCGGUAUAGUCUUGAUGUCUCCCCUCGCAGUGCUAGCAGCGUGGCUCUCUGGCAAAACCUUUGCGGCGCUAAUCUCCCAGGAGAACCACACAUCUCCUGCACCGUGGCCACUUGCUUCAACCUUUGUCUUGGCCUGUAUGACCCUUGUAUGCUACUACUGCUGGAUAGUAUCGGCGACGACCCGUCACACUCUGAGCUGGUGGAUCUGGUACCGGGCGCAGUACGAAGUGAGACUACAGCUCCAUGGUGAUAGUGAAGAUUAGGCAAGUUCUGUGCAAACUCAUAACUAUUUGUAACUUUUGUAAAACUAUUUUAUAUGGAACAUGGAAAUAAGCAUAAGGAAUUUUUGAAAUAAACUUAUAUAAAAUU